AUGGAGGUCAACAAUGACUACGAUUUUUCACUUCCAAUGGCGUCGUUGCUUCGGGCUGGUACGUCCAAGGCUCAUGAAUCCGCAGAGCAUAGUCAAGGCGGCGUCCGGCUCGCAAAGGGUGAGCUGGACAAGCAAGAAUACGUGUAUUUCUUGAUGAUGCUGUGGCACGUAUACGCCGAACUUGAGCGAGGUCUAGAGACGCACGCGUCAUACCCAACGCUACAACCAACGUAUAACCCUACAUUGCUUGCCCGCACUCCGAGUCUCUCUCAAGACAUAUCACAUUUACUUGGGGUCCCUGAAGCAGAAUGGCAGACGCACCCAUCGCACAGCUCGUUGAUGGCGUCACCUCCCAAGCCUUUUGUGGAAUAUACCACGCGCCUCCGAGAGCUUUCUGAGUCUUCAGAUCCCACAUGUUUACUUGCACAUGCUUACGUCCGCUAUCUCGGUGACAUGAGUGGCGGCCAAUUCAUACGGCGACGUAUAGCCAAGGCAUAUGACCUAGAUGCGGAUCGAGGAGAUGGUAUACAAUUUUACGAUUUCAAGAAAUUGGACAGCAGUGAAUCUGCGAAUAUGGGGGAUCUCAAGAAAAUCAAGGAAUGGUACAGAGAUGGACUGAACGCUGGUAUUGGUGAUGAUACCACAUUGAAAGCGGCCGUAUUGGAAGAGGCCAACAAGGCCUUCAAGCUGAAUGCCAGUAUCUUCGAUCUACUGUCAGGGGAGGGGCGAAUUCAGGAACCACAGCAGCCAGCUGUCUCAGUGCCGAAACAGGCUAAGGCACUAUAUGACCCAAUAUUAGUUUCUUUCGGUGGCCUCCUUUCAGUGGCAAUGACUGUGGGCCUGGCUCAUGUCAUAUAUAUGGGCGCUAGCACCACCAGUACUAGUGGCAAUUGCGUGCUCAGGGGUGCUGAGUAUUGGUUACGAAGCAUUCUGUCGAUUGCAUAAUGAUUCCGAGAUGCAUUUUAACGAAUGGGAUGGUUUGGAAUGGGCAUUCUAGAUCUCAAGUUGUAGCAUACAUAUCGUCAUAAGACAGGCUUGCGUGUACAUACUAUAAUGACAGUUUCAUGAAAUGGCCCUGCU